AUGUGCUUCUAUAUUUUCCCCGUUCAUAGAAAAUCAGGCGAUACAGUCGUUCAAAGUGUAUAUGACCGCUUGGUAGAAGAGGAUGUACACUUUCAUUCUUACGUCGAUCACCAUGAGACGAUUCCCUUUGACGACAUAGUCUUAUACUCGAAAUGGUUGACUAGCGGGUCACGUUUGACGUCUCUUUAUCUGCCUGAAUGUGUCAUGCGUCAGUUCGGCUACAUGCAAUACAUUCCCAAAGAUUCUUAUGUUUCAGCUCCUCCCAGUGCGAAACGUAUAGAUAUGAAUGCUAUGUUUGGUGAUUAUGUUAAUCAUUUAGUACCAGAUGAGGCACAGAAUAUCAUAGUUGAGUACGACUGGAGUUACGUAGACGGUUACAUUUGA